AUGGGGAAGGCAUCGCGGAGGAAGCGAGUGGAUGAGCAACAAAACAAAUUAUUUGCUGUCCACGGCGACGGUCGCAAUGCACAGGAUCGGGCAAACGCUCGGCUUAUGCUUGAUGCCUUGCAACAGAAGUUGGAGGAUGAUGCUCUUCGAGAAGAUGGAAAGUUGCACCAAUAUUGGUUUUGCUUCAUCAACGGCAGAUAUGUGGAUUGUCGACGACCACGACUAACGUCUGGAAUGAAGACACGUGUAUUUGAGACCCAUCGGUGUAGCAUCAUGGACGUCGCGAUUGUUCGUGUCCAACAAGAAAUGAAUUUAGAAAUAUUGUUCACGUUUGGUUUGGACUGGUGGGUAUCUUGUUUUAUUUUUAAAAAUGGUUUAUUUUAG